UUUUGACAAAUUGACAACGACGUUCGAGAUUUCAAAAAAGUUCAAAGUUGCGCGUAAUUUAUAGUUGUGCACGUGGUUUGUUUUUAUUUCAAGUAAAAUCAUCAAUUUUGUUAAUAUUCUGGUAAAAAAUAAUCUAUAACAGUAAGUGAGAAAACCCCCUACUGAUAAUAUUUGUAGUGCUAAAUUACAUAGGAGCUACAAUGUGAAUUCAAAGCGUGAUGUCCAAAGAAGGUUAUAGUGCCGAAAAGAAAGAAGGUGACAGUAAAGUGGUAUUAGAAAAGCUGCAAUCGUACCUCAAAGAUAAGAGGAGUGUUGAAACGGUUGAGCCAAGCAUUCUAUACAGCAAGCCGAGCACCAGUUACGAGCAGAAUCCUCACGGUUCCAUUGACGACAGCAGCAACGUGUUACGUGACGUAUUAAAUCACAAGAAGGCAGAACUUCUUCGACAACCUGAGAUAGUUUCUUUUUUAAAAAGCAUAUCCUCUGAUCUUAAGAAAACAUAACAAAAAGAACUUAACUUUCGCCAAUAGUUAGUGAAAUAUUGAAGCAGUUUAUUUUGGUAUUGAAUUUCAAAACAAAUUAAAAAAUGGCAGUCACAGCACAAAAUACCGUGGCAUCAUUGAUGCAGAAGACUCUACAGCGUCAGUCAGCUAUCACCCGCAUGAAAAUAAGUUUCAAGAAGAAUCAGAUAGAGAAAGUAUUGGUAAAUUAUGUUAAAGAUGGUGACUCAGGGCCAUACCAUGAGCUAAUGAAGAUUCUAAUAGACCAUCCACUGAAUGACACAAACUUUAGGAUAUUGAUUGAAGUCUGUUUAAAUUGUGUUGUGUUGUUAGGAAGAGAUCUAAAGCCAUUUGUGGAUGUUCUAUGUGGAAUAGAUUGGGCGACUCGCGAAGAUGAUUUGGUAGAACUUUAUAGUAGAUUUUUGGUAGGUUUGGUGACUGCACAUACUUAUCACUCUACAAGGAUAAUGGCUGCUUUAGUCAAAUUGUUCAAAGAGGAGGGUGAAAACUGGGAGGAUGCACCAUCGCCUGAGCUGUGUCUAACUAAAAUGUCUUCUAAAUGGUCUAACAUCCAUACUGUAAUUGCAGAAAUAGUAGCUGUUAUGCCUAUGACUAGUGAUAUCCUAAUGCAAACAGUGAUAGAACAAUUCCCAUACUACAAAGCUGGAUGCUUUGUCAACAGAGCCUACAUACACAACCUAAUAUGGAUGAGCAAAUACUUACCAUCACUUGUAGAACAAAUUAUGACAGUUAUUGUUAGCAAGUUGGUAGACAUGGAUGCCAAUACUGUAGACAGAGACAAACAAAAGUCCCAAGAGACCAUAUUUGACAUGGAAGUGGAUGAAAAGGAUGAAGUUAGUGACACACUCGACUAUUGUAUGCUGGAAAUGCUGAGGUGGAUGGAAGAUGAGAGGGAAAGGGUGCUGCCUUUUAUGUGCAAUGUGUUUGAAAGAGUGAUAUUGCCCACACAUGGGAUUAGACAUGUUCAAUUCCUUCUACUAUACGCGAUAUCGAUAAACCAACAAUGCGCUGAUCGCAUAUUCACAAAUCUCUGGAUAGUCGCUGCUGGUUUACAUGGCCACGGGCCCGGGGCUUUGGCAACACGACGGACAGCUGCCAGCCACCUGGCAGGUCUACUGGCACGGUGUGUCAGAGUGCCAAACUCGAGGCUCGUGUUCUAUUUGAAGACAAUGGCAGAGUGGUGCCAUUCCUACAUUGGUGCCACUCAGGAGUCGACUGUUGCUGAUAAUACUAAAGUGCAUGGAGCGUUCCAUGCUAUUUGCCAUGCCAUUUUUUAUUUGGUCGCGUUUAAGAAUCAUCAUCUAUUUAUGAAUAAAGAGAGUCUGAACUUUGUAGAAUCCUUAAACCUACCGAGACUAGUCACAUGCAACUUGAACCCGCUGAAGACCUGUCCGCCACAAGUGACCAGGGCCUUCUCGUCAGUGACCAGGUCUCACCAGGUGGUGUACUGCCAGGCCAUCAUUGAGAAGAACUUGAGGCUGUGCCUGCACAGUGAUGGGCAGAAGUAUGACGAGUGGUUCCCGUACGAUCCUUAUGUGUUGCCUGUAUCUGGCAAAAUUAUAUGGCCGCUAUGUAUGGAAUAUAAAAACCUGUUCAAAGAUGGUGACGAUGAAACCCAAUACAAUAGUUUGAAAAGGAAGUUAGAAGCUGAGGACGAUGACUACUUAAUGCCGAGCCCCUCGCAGAAAAUAGCUAGUUCACUGACUAACUGUAUAUCGCCCGGGUUCAAAACCAGUGAAUCUAUAUAUACUAGUAUGUAAGUGCAUCAAUAAAAUAUAAUACACUUAAAUGUUAUUGUUUAAAGUUUGUUUUGUACAAAGAUUUUAUACUAUUAGAUAUGUUACGUGCCUACAAGAUCACCGCAAAAAGUGAUACGAAUUUAGCUACUCCACUGAGCGUACAAACACACAACAAUAUUUAUGUUUAUAUAGUUUUUACACCUGAACACACAACUCUGCAUUGUAGACAAUAUUUAGGUAUUAUUUUGUUUAAUGUUUAAAUAAAUUUCGUUGUUUACAAUGCGACUAAAUGAAAUUAAGACAAUAGGCUAGUUGACACUUUUUUUAAUGGUCUUAAAUUGUUCAUUAUCUACUAGAUUAAAAAAAAAAUCAUACUUUUUCGAGACGUGAAAAUUAUAGUUUUUAAAUGUUUUUGACACGAGCCAAAACGCCUGUCGGCCACGACUGUCUAUAUUUAAAAUUUUCAUGACGUCACUUUGUUAAAUCCCUUACAAACGGCGCGUUUGACGAAAAUAUUAGAUAACAAAGUCUGACGUUUAGUACAUCAAGUGACGUCACAAAAUGGACGACAGCGUUUUUGACAUUUGGAAAAUUUUAAAAAAAUACGUGAUUAUUAAAUUAAGUUUUUUUAAGAAAUCCUUAACAUUUAUUAAUUGAUAUCGAUAUAUUUCGGACCUUCAUUCCAUAUACUACAAGAAAUUAAUAUUGUUUAUAUUAAAUUCGAUAUGAAUCAACUACCCUAUUAGCCACUUUUGUUCGCCUCAGUUUCGACGCGCUAGUGACUUGUCUAAUAGUAAAAAAUCUUUGGUUUUGUAUAAAUUCAUAUUGUAAUGGCUCAUCUACACUAUCAGUCAUCAUGGACGACUUAUAGAGUAAAUAUGAUUGCUAAUAUCAUUGUUCUGAAGACCAAACAAUCUGCAACGUUAAGAGAUUUUCGUAGCAUUCCAUAAAUGAAAAAAUGCAUACCUCAUUACGUACUUGUGUUAGUAAAGGAAUUUUCUGCGUAUAACGCCUACCAUAAUUAAAAACCUUAUGCACACCUUUGAUGCUGGGUCUAUUGUUCUGAGCCAAUCUUGAAAAGUAUGACAUAGGCAUAGGAUAGUUAGCCCUUGACUACAAUCUCACCUGAUGGUAAGUGAUGAUGCAAUCUAAGCGGGCUAACUUGUUAGAGGAGUAGGUUGAAAAUCCAAAACCCUUUUCUACACAUCGCACCGGAAUGCUAAAUCGUUUGAGGUAUGUCUGCUGGUAGGGUGGUAAAUAGGCCUAAGCAGAUUUAAACCAAUUAAGAAUCCUCAAUCAGCCCAAUCGGGGAUCGAACCCAGGACCUCCGUGUCGUAAGUCCACCGCGCAUACCACUGCGCCACGAAGGCCGUCUCCUUUAUUGCUCGUGUGGUUGUCACUGUCUAUAGAACAGCAGGAUAACAAUGAAUACCUGUUUUAAUUUAAACUUACUGCAAUUCUACUCGGGCAGAUGAUUUUGUUUGUAACGAAUACAGCCGUUCUAGAGGAUGAAAUAGCCACAUCUGAUAUUUUAUAGAACUUUUAAUAUUUAUUAAUAGUUAGUAUUAGUAUAGUCAAUAUUCAUUUAUUUCAAUUAGGCUUUACAAGCAAGCACUUUCGAAUGGUCAGGUAUUAUAAUAUAAUGGUGAUAAUAAUUAGUCGAAAACGGAAAUUAAAAAAAAAAAAGUCGAAAAUUUAAAAUAAAUUUAAAGUUACGAGGGUUCCAAAUCGCCUCGAUCCGAGAAGAGCCCACAACAAACUCAGCCAGGUUAUUGCUUUUUCAGUUUAUCACCAUUUAACAAUAGGUGUAUAAGUAGCCAGUCGUAUAAUACAUUUCAUUUCCAAGCUUUUUUGUCGUUUAUAUAUUCAUUAAUACUAUAAUACUUUCCUAUAAGCUUGCGUUUAAUAAAAACUUUGAACUUAUUGAGAGACAUGCCAGUGGUUUCAUGUGACAGUUUAUUAUAAAAACGUAUGCAAUUUGCCUUUAAAAGAAUUACUAAUUUUUUGAAACCUAGUUUGGUCCAAUCUAGUGCAGUACCAAAUUUGACUGAGAGAUCACUUGUGUGAUGAAUAUCGUGGCAAUUAGUGUAGACGAGCCAUAAUACUGUAAAAGAAUUGUAUCUAGACCUUCGUUUGUAUGGAAGAACAAAGGUCUAGAUAGAUCCAGAUUCUAAGGUCUGGCUAUCAAAUUCUCUCUAUUAAACCAAUGAGAUGUAGUAGAUUUUAAAAUGUUAAUCAAUGAAAUAUAUUAUUACUAGAGAGUGAUAUAUCCAUACAGGUUGUGCUUCCGCCUGUAUUUAAAUAUUAUGCCUAACUGUUUAUAUGAUAGACAAUUGUUGUAAAUAUUUGAAAAUAUGUCUUUUAUUGAGAGAAUAAUCAUUAUUAUCUCUGAAAAAGUUAAAAAGGACUGAUUUUAGGACAGUAUGUACCUACCAGUGGCGAAGGAUAGAAUUUAGAUGAAGGUAAGCGGUCCCAAAAAAAAGGCUAUUCAUAUAGCGUAAAACAAACUCAGGUUUCCAUAUAUUUAGAUACGGUGCAACAUGGAUUUUUAAAGGUAACCCGGCGGGAAUCGGCUUGCAUGAACUCUUCGCCGCUGGUAUGUACACAUGACUUUGGUUAUUUUACGGAUCUCCUCAUUUCUGAUUAGGUCACUCAGACACUUGGAACAUAGCUCGUUCCAUCGUGCACUAUGUGACUCCGAGUCUUCUUAUGAGGCCCAGUUAGGGACCAAGUGAAGUGAAGUGAAGAGUCAAUCAGUAGUGCUAUUCUCUGUAUGUUUUUUCGCAAAUGCGAGUUUCGAAUUUACUUCUUAUUUUUCUAUUUCUAUGGUUUCGUGUUAUACUGAGUUAGAGGUGAAUCUAUCUAAACAAAACUCACAAUAAGGACUUUUAUAAACAUCUUAAUAACGCUACAGAACUGUGGACAGAAUGAGACUCGAGAGUCGAGAGCCUUUGCCGCUACGCGUGCGCGCCCUUUAUCCCUAAAAGUACCCCCUCCAAGCUGCCUUAUGCCGGCAGGGCAUCCAAUAAAACUGUGUUGGUUCCAAUGGAUCAUGCAAAUCGUAACCAAAAAAAGCAGGCACGUGGACUUAAUGGAUUGUGGGUGUCUAGCAUUAUUUUUGAAUACUGCGCAAUAAAUAUCAGCGGUAGUUUCGUGCCGCUACUUCGAAUUUUCGUCUAUUUUUGGAGUUUAUUGGAGUUUACUCCUUGAGAAUCGAUUUUGUAGCCCCCGGUAUGGGCAGUAAAAUUCGAUGAACUAAUGACACAGCGUUACGUAUUUUGUGCGCAAACUAUUCUGCGCACCUUUCACCGUGCGCUGCCGCCAACAGCGUUGAUGGCGGGCGCGCACGCCGCUGACUGCUGCUCCUCGGUUGCGCACCUUUCAAUUUUCAGGCGUAGUUAUUGAGACGUACAUAGUGUAUGCUGCGGGGCAACAUACAGCUAUAUAGACAGUCGGUCUGUACGAGUAAACUCCAUUCGUGCUGACACACACAUUUUUUUCGUAUAUAGAUAUUAUGUAGUAAAUGCUUAAUGCUAAUGAUUUUUGUCAAAAAUGCCUCAAUACGUCUUAGGUAAUUUUGUUAACAAACCUAUCAAAUAAAAUGUAUUGUUACAUGUAAAUUAUAUGAAAUAUCCAUAUUAUAUUCCUGUUACAUUUAAGUACUUUUAUAUGUCUAGAAGUUAUAAAACAAUUGUAAAAUACCGCUUGAUUCCUCAAUAAAGGUUAUUUAUUAAAA